AGUAGGAAAGACUGUGGCCGUGUCGAGAGGUGUGACUCGUAUAGCCUCCGAGAAACGCACGCGAAGGUCGAGGUCUUGCGGGGAGAGAGGCUCAGAGCAGUCUGGGAAGUGUAGUCCAGUUGGCAUAGAUUCGUGGUGGGCACUGAGGUUCCGCGAAGGGGCUGAACAGGCUUGUAAAGAGACUGUGACUGUGCGUUUUAACUCUGCAGCUGGAGCACAAGAAGUGUUUGUUUAAUGAAUGCCCCAUACAUGUAGGACCUAUUUUGACCCUGAAGAUAACCCUGUGAAUUGGUUUUCCUCCUCUCUGCCAUUUUUAACAGCUAAUAGUUCACUGGGUCUGGCUCUUAGUGUUGAUUUCAGCAUGCUGCGACGAAAACCAACCCGCCUGGAGCUGAAGCUUGAUGAUAUUGAGGAGUUUGAAAACAUUCGAAAGGACCUAGAGACCCGUAAGAAGCAAAAGGAAGAUGUGGAUGUCGUAGGAGGCAGUGAUGGAGAAGGUGCCCUUGCGCUCAGCAGUGACCCCAAGAGCCGCGAACAGAUGAUUAACGAGCGAAUUGGUUAUAAACCCCAAGCCAAGCCCAAUAAUCGUUCUUCUCAAUUUGGCAGUUUUGAAUUUUAGAGGUGGAUUCUCUUUCGUGCCAGAGCCCUGGAAUGGAAUAAAAUGAUGGCAGAAGUACAAACAAGAUUUAGGGAAUUGAGUGCGGUAGUCAAGCAGAGUGUUUUACCACCUAGAGAGAGAAACACUUCUGCAUGAGAUUACUGAUGCUAGCUUUCACUCUAAACUGAAAUGCAAAUUCUGGUUUGUCUCUGGAAAAUGUGACUCUAAAAUGUGUCUGAUUUGUUUUUAAAAAUAAAUAUAUUUUUGGAAAAGUG